ACAUGCCUUCCAAAUUAUAGGAAAAUUUAGUCAAAACCCAAUUGGGUUUGAUGAUUCUUCGUCAAUCCCUUUUGGGUUAUCAACACAACUAUCCGUUUAUGUUUUUACGUUUUCUAAUAAUUUGACUUUGAAUUGGCUUACAAUUCAAGUACACCGCCAUUCUUUUUGCGUAUUUGCCUUCUCUUCUAGUCAUUCUGAAUCAUCUUCCAUUUAUUUUUGAUAACAUUUUUGUUGCUCUGAUAGAUUCUAACCCGCUUUGGAUUGAAAGCGUUUAAAAGCAAAAAGGGUUCUUGAUUUGUCAGAGGUAAAAACUUCAUUGACUAUGGGCAGAUAACAUUAUACAUUAUGGGUUGGCUUAACAAAUUUUUUAAAGGCUCCAGCCACAGAAUUUCGGAAGGGCAUUAUCGUGGUAAUCAUGGAGAGGAGCCAAAUUCCUAUGCACCUUCAACUUCAGGGGAUGUGUGGUCCGAGCAAGAGAAUGAAGAUAUAGAUCGUGCCAUUGCACUAUCCCUCGUAGAAGAAAGUCAAAAAGGAGAAACGGUGAUCGACAGGGGAUCUCAAUUGGAAGAGGAUGAACAACUUGCAAGAGCUAUACAAGAAAGCUUGAACUUUGAAUCUCCUCCUAGGUAUGGAAAUGGACAUCCGUAUCUCCCCAUGCCACUCCAAUUUCCAACAGGGUACAGGAUCUGUGCUGGUUGCAAUGCUGAGAUUGGUCAAGGACGAUUUCUGAAUUGCCUUAAUGCAUAUUGGCAUCCAGAAUGUUUCCGUUGCCAUGCUUGUCAGCUACCAAUUUCUGAUAUUGAGUUUUCUAUGUCUGGGAAUUACCCUUAUCAUAAAUUUUGCUACAAGGAGCAGUACCAUCCAAAAUGUGAUGUUUGCAAGCAUUUUAUCCCAACAAACCCUGCUGGUCUUAUUGAGUAUAGGGCACACCCUUUUUGGUCCCAGAAGUACUGCCCUUCUCAUGAACAUGAUGGCACUCCAAGAUGCUGCAGCUGUGAACGAAUGGAGCCACGCGAAACUGGAUACGUUGCCCUUAAUGAUGGACGGAGGCUCUGCCUAGAGUGUCUAGACUCUUCAAUCAUGGAUACCAAUGCAUGCCAACCCCUUUAUCUUGAUAUACAAGAAUUUUAUGAAGGCUUAAAUAUGAAAUUGGAGCAGCAAGUUCCACUACUCUUGGUUGAAAGGCAAGCAUUAAAUGAAGCCAGAGAGGGAGAAAAGAAUGGCCAUUAUCACAUGCCGGAGACCAGAGGGCUCUGCCUUUCUGAGGAACAAACUAUCAGCACAAUUCGAAGGCGAACAAGGCUUGGGCCAGGAAGCAUACCCAUGGAAAUGAUAACAGAGCCGUACAAACUGUCACGACGCUGUGAGGUGACUGCAAUUCUGAUUCUGUAUGGCCUUCCAAGAUUACUUACCGGGUCAAUCCUAGCCCAUGAGAUGAUGCAUGCUUGGAUGCGACUUCAAGGUUUCCGUACUCUGAAUCAAGAUGUUGAGGAAGGCAUUUGUCAGGUUUUAGCACACAUGUGGUUAGAUGCCCAGCUCAGGUCCAGUUCAGGCAAUAAUGUUGCAUCAACCUCAUCCUCCAAAAAUUCAAGGAGGCAGACAAGAUCGAAAUUUGAGAGAAAGCUAGGAGAAUUUUUUAAGCACCAGAUCGUAUCAGACGCUUCCCCAGUGUAUGGAGAUGGAUUCAGAGCAGGGCAGGUGGCAGUAAAUAAAUAUGGGCUUGGAAGGACCCUGGAUCAUAUCCGCAUGACUGGGAGAUUUCCAUACUGAACUUGUACAAGUAUCCAACAUUCUUUCAACUCUGCUUCUUUUUUCUUUUGACACAGUUGAACCGAGGCCCUAGCAUGUAGGAAUCAAAACUCUGUAGAUUAGUUUCUUAAGAGUUACUGAUUUUUGCGCCCUGUGGCUAUGUUGUUGCCACCGCAUACGUGAUUUUGAUUCUUUUAAUUAUAUAAAAGUUCAAUUUUAAUCUUCA